CUCCUCUUGAGCUGUCACGCUGACAGCUCGAGAGGAGGAGAGGAGAGCUGGUAAUCGGCAUUCCACGGAGGGGACAUCAGUGCCACCUGUCAGUGUCCAUCAGUGCCAGCUGUCAGUGCUCAUCAAUGCCACGUGCCAGUGCCCAUCAGUGCCACAUCAAUGCCACAUAUUAGUGCCUACCAGUGCACAUCAAUGCCACAUAUCAGUGCCCAUCUGAGCUGCCUUUCAGUGUCACCCAUCAGUGCCAGUCAGUGCCACCUAUCAAUGCCAAUCAAUGCCACCUAUCAGUGCUGCAAUCAG